AUGCCCGAGGAGGAGCAAGUCUUGGCGGCACUUAGCCAGCAUGAUGAGCAUGAUGGCUCCAGCGGCGACGAGGCCAGAGACAAUGCCUCGACCGACUCUGCCGGAGGCUCCAAGAAGAGGAAGCGUGGCAGGUAUCAAAAGACCUCAUGUGAGCUUUGCAAAGCAAGAAAGGUCAAAUGUGACCGGGCAGAGCCUGCCUGUGCCUGGUGCGCCCGCCAUAAUCGUACCUGUGUCUAUCUUGAGCGGCAGAAGCCUGGCAGCCGCAUAGGCUUCAGCCUCGAGUUGGAAGCCAAAGUCAACCGGAUCGAUGCACUGCUUCAAACUCUUGGUCGUCGAGUAGAGGAGCAUAUCGCUGACGGGCACACUGGACACUCGCAGACUCUAUCGCCAGCCAUCAGCAACCACACACAAUCUCAUAUCGACCUUUAUGCGCAGGAUAGAAGUAGGAGCAGUCCUGCUAGUGGCGCGGCUCGAAAUACACCCUCAGUGGCGGCUGGUCCGCCACCUGGACUCCCUGGGCAAGGCUGGGAUGACGGGGACCAACGCUUGGGGCGGAUGACUAGCCAGGGAAUGAAUGCCGACUACACCAACGCAACUCUGCCCGCACUUCGAAUAACGCCGCUCCGCCGAGGACCAUCGGCGCUGUCUGCUGGUACAGACCUGCCGGCUCAGGAUGUUGUAUACACGCUGGUCGAUCUGUAUUUUAAACACUGUAACACAUGGUCUCCCAUCUUGGAUCGGAAAACGACAUUCAGCAUUUUCUUUGGUUCGACAUCACUGAACGAAGCCGAUCGAGUUUUAUUACAUGCCAUUGUGGCGACGACAUUGCGAUUUCUGAAGGACCCUAGAUUCUCGCCCGAAAUGCGCGCGCACUAUCACGAAACCUCUCGUCAGAUUGUUCAGAUGUACGCCAUGGAGCAUGUCAGUGUCGAAGCUCUGCGUGCUCUCGUGAUUGUCUGCCUUGACGAACUAGGCACGUCCAAUGGACCCCGAGGAUGGAACCUGCUCUCGCUUCUUGCGCAAAACGCUCGGCAACUCAGCCUAUGUGAAGAGAGCAGCGUUUUCCUUUCCGUUGAAACCAGCGACGACUCACCCAUGACUGGAGCUAUCAGACGUAUUGCCAUCGAUCGGCCGCAGUCUUGGAUUGAAGACGAGGGCCGCAGGCGGCUCGCCUGGAUGGUCUACCUCCUUGACCGAUAUGCGACGAUUGCUACAACGACAUUCGACUUCAUGCUAGACGACAACAAGAUGAGGAGGGUAUUGCCAUGCUCUUAUGACCUCUUCUCCCGUGAUAUUCCCGUCGAGACACGUUCUUGGGGCUCGAGUCCCGACCAACAUGGCGCGGCUGGACUUGUUGUGAAUAAGCCGGACAACCUGGGCAGCUUUUCGUACCACUGCGAAAUCCUCCGCAUAUUGAGCAAGGUUCAUGACUUUCUCAAGACGCCAUUAGAUAUCACAUCCUCUUCCGAAAUGGCAGCUUGGAGAAAUACCUAUCGAUCGCUGGAUGCUUCGCUCGACUCCUGGCUGCGAGGGCUGCCUGGCGAUUAUAGCAAGAUUUCUGCUCUGUGUCACUCGGAUCCUGCUAGCCGCGUCGCCAACUGGUUCAUGCUGCACAGCGCCUACGUCACGGCCGUCGUGCGUCUUCACUCUUCCGCGGCAUAUCCGACUGUGCGAUCACAUCUGUUCGUACCCUCCCACUACGCCAUGCAGCGCUGCCUGUCAGCUGUGCAGAGCCUAGGUGACAUUGCACAAGACGUGUACGAAGCUAGUGGACUAGAUCAUCUCGGCCCGCCAUUCAUCUUCUCUCUCUGGGUUGCCGCUCGCUUACUGCUUGUCCACGCUGCGACGGUUGGCUGCCCGGUUGACCCCCGCAUCGAGUUCUUUAUUGAGAUUCUCGCGCAUGUUGGACAGUACUGGGAUGUCGCCGACACCUAUGCCAAUGUUCUCGCGCGGGCUGUUCAGCGCGGCAGACAAAGCGAUACGAAUUUCAACGCCAUGCGACAGAGCGCACACGGCCUCGUCACACUCACAGCAUCAACCCGCCAAACAGGCGUUGAGCCUACCUCGACCCAGAUUACCUCUCUGAGCGAGCUGGACAACAUUGAUAUCUUUGACUUUUUCAAUUAUCCCAAACUAUCAGAGUCGGCGGUGCAAGCCUUGGGUGCCCAAUCGCAGUCACAAAAUACAAACGGCGGGACAGCGCGGCUGCCGGACCCAGAAUCUGACUGGCUGGGAUUUGUCCCCCACGGCGCAUAA